AUGUUUUUAAAUUCAACGGGUGUACCCGCACCUACACCAUUCGCUCCGACUCCUGUUCAAUUUUCCGAUAUCAAUGCCACCGCUCAACAACAGCAGCAACAACAGCAACAGCAACUUCAUUACAAUUUAUUAAACUUUAAUGCUGCUGCCGCUGCUGGGUUAAUCUCGCCAACGUCAACAAUCAGUACAAAUAACAAUUUAACUUCCAAUCCAAAUCAACAAUCUGCACAAUCACCAUCUCAAAUCAAUGAAUCUUUGUCAACAUCCCAACAACAGCAACAGCAGCAGCAGCAGCAGCAACAACAGCAGCAACAACAACAACAACAACAACAACAGCAGCAGCAGCAACAAUCACCAUCUCAACCGAAUACCUUUACAUAUUCGACAUUGAAGCAUCCGCAAGUUCAACAGAUUCUUCUUGAAAAUCUUUACAAUACCGUUGUUCUACGUGAAAAGAAUCCCAAUCAGUCGUAUGAUCCACGCAAGAAUCGUAAACGUCUUUCCGAUCCUGUUUUUAUGAGUCCCCCUCCCUCGAUGGCGCCAUUACUGAUCAACACUCAACAAGGCAAUUCACAUUCGCUUUUACAGCAGCAACAACUGGUUCCAAUUAAUCCAACGCUUCCCACUGAAUCAAGUAAUUUAACAUUAACACGUCGACGAUCGUUACGUUUUAUCAAACCACCAUUUAUUCUUCAAACAAUUCAUCAACAACCUUCGCAGCCAGUUCAACGCGAAUCGCAGAAGAUCUUAGUCGUUCGUCAUGCUGAACGUGUCGAUUCGACAUUCGGCGCCGGAUGGCUCGAUCAAGUUUUCGACAAAGCAACAGGCGGCUAUCGACGAAUUAACUUAAAUUUACCGAAAAAAAUGGUCACUAGAAGAGAUUUGAAAGACUUCUUAUUUGAUCCACCGUUAACUGAAUUAGGCUUACACGAAUGUAAGAUGGUUGGUGAAGAACUUGCUGCACAAGGAAUCGAAAUUCAUCAUGUUUAUGCUUCACCUGCGCUACGUUGCGUUCAAACAGCUGAUAAAAUUCUUGAAGGUCUUAAAUUGCGUGAGGAAAUACCUAUUCGUAUUGAACCAUGUCUGUUUGAAUUUCUGAAAUGGUAUCCUGUUGUACCGGUGAAAUGGCCAUUUCUUGAUCAUGAUGAAUUAGCAAGAAAUGGAUUUAAUGUUGAUAAAUCAUACAAAGCAUUUUAUCCAAUGGAAAGUUUAAGAAAAGACGAAGACGAGUUGAUGUAUUACACGCGAAGUCAUUUUAUUAUGACAUCGAUUCUGAAAAAUCACGAGAUGGAUGCCGGAAAUUUACUCAUUGUUGGACAUGCACCGACUAUAGAAGUUUGUACACGACAAUUGACGGGUGGUCAACCACGUGUUAAUGAUUUGAAAUUCCUUGUUUUACGUGUUCCUUUUCUCUCGAUGCAUUGCAUUGCAAAACAGAUCGAUGGAUCAUGGCGACCAACAAAACCUCCAAUAUCCCCGAUAAAACAUGCAGCUGUUGAACCAUUUGACUGGCGAUUUUUUCGUUAA